AUGGCCACCUCCACCAUGUCCAUCUGCUCCAGUGACCUGAGCUACGACAGCCGGGUCUGCCUGCCCGGUUCGUGUGAUUCAUGUACUGACUCCUCCUGGCAGGUAGAUGACUGCCCAGAGAGCUGCUGUGAGCCCUCCUGCUGUUCCAGCUGCUGUGCCCCCAGCUGCUGUGCCCCAGCCCCCUGCCUGACCCUUGUCUGCACCCCAGUGAGCUGUGUGUCCAGCCCCUGCUGCCAAUCUUCCUGCUGCACACCCUCAUGCUGCCAGCAGUCUAGCUGCCAGCCAGCUUGCUGCACCUGUUCCCCCUGCCAGCAGCCCUGCUGUGUGACCCUCUGCUGCAAGCCUGUCUGCUGUACACCCAUCUGCUCUGGACCAUGCUGCCAACAAUCUAGCUGCCAGUCCUCAUGCUGUCAAUCCCCCUGUUGUGUGCCUGUCUGCUGUACACCCAUCUGCUCUGGGUCAUGCUGCCAGCAGUCUAGCUGCCAGUCCUCAUGCUGCCAGCCCUCCUGCUGUGUGCCUGUGUGCUGCAAGCCUGUGUGCUGCACACCCAUCUGCUCUGGCUCCUCCUCCUGCUGCCAGCCCUCCUGCUGUGCUCCUGUGUGCUGCAAGCCUGUGUGCUGCAAGCCCUGCUCCAGCGUGUCCCUGCUGUGCCGCCCUGUGUGCAGACCUGCCUGCUGUGUGCCCACCUCCUCCUGCUGUGCCUCCUCCUGCCAGCCCAGCUGCUGUCGCCCAGUCUCCAGUGUGUCCCUGCUGUGCCGCCCUGCCUGCUCCAGACAGGCCUGCUGUGGCCAAAAGUCCACCUGCUAA